GAUUUGUCCCCCGAUCACACCUGCCACUAGCACAGACUCGCCGCCCCCUGCCCUCUACCUAGAACCGCUUUUGCUCAGCCAUUUUUGCACAUUUAGAAUUCACAGGAAAAGAGAAGCCUGAAUCAUGUUUUAAAUUCACUUCCUAUAACCAGACAACGCUGAAAAAGGGGGAUACUUCACCAGUCAGCCAGGAUUCGGAUCCUGGUCAUAUGGGCGAUGAACUCACGUUUUCGCUCGACGACUUGCAGAAACGGGACAUAUUGGGCCGGUCGUUGCUACACUUUCUGGCCAUCUCGAACGACGUGCCGAGCCUGGUCAAGGUGCUGAAGUUGAUCACGAAGACCAACAACCACCACUGCUUGCUUGCCGAAGACGUAGAGAACCAUUGGAAUGUGCUUCACUUUGCCAUCGACUCGUUUAACUUCGCUUUUGUGAAAACCAUCUUGAACUUCAGCACUCCGGUGCUGGGGAAAUUGCUUAAGCACAAGGAUAAGAACAACCUCACCCCGCUGGAUCUGCUGCAGACCUUCAAAACCACCUUCGACGCUUCCAGUAGCUUGGUGUACUCCAUAGACCCAGAGGGUAAUUACAAGUCGAGACCACGCAUGGACCCGUCGUCCGCUGCAAGCCACUCAUCAUUAUCGUCUUCCCUUAUACUAUCUCUUCCUAGCGGCGAGUUCUCAGAGAUCAGUCUUACCGACAACUUAUUCCCGCCACCCUCUCCAAAUCCGUUGCUACCCUCCAUAGUCUCCAAGUUCAUGUCUUCUUCUACUCACUCGGCUUUGAUUACAACAGCAGGCUACUUAUACAUUUCAAACCCUCAGCCGACUUUAUUCAACUCCUCAUUUUGCAGGAUAAAGUUUUUUGACAACCUAUACGAAAAUGGAGAAAAGGUUACAGAUGUCGCCUUGACUUCCGGUCAUACUGUUGUCUUGACCUCCCUUAACAGAGUAUUUGCCUUCGGCAAUAAUGUCAAGAGGCUGAACUUGUACCCAGCAUCAAGCUCUUCCAGCAAUUACCAUUACUCUCAAGAUUUACACUCCUUGAUACCUAUCUCCAUCUCAGUGAAGAACAGAUCCUCUUCUAUAUCUCCACCGACAUCUGGCACUUUGCCCAGUGGUAACAACUUUAGUGCAUUGGGCGCUUUGGGCUCAUUUGCAAACCUAGAUUCGAGUGCUGCAGAUGCAGCUUUCAGCUUCAGAGGAGUUGCUGCUUCAAAUAAUCAUACCGUGGUCUACUCCAAGCUGUCCCUCCAUAUACACGGUUUGAACCUUGGACAAUUUGGCCCACUGACAAACUCGAUACAGACUUCUAAUAAGCCAGCUGAAAAAAAUCAGGGCUUUUUAUCGACUGCAUUAUCUGCUGUCGCUUCAUCAGCCCAUUCACCUUGGAAAUACGAAGACGAUCCUAUACACCAAGUCGUAGCGCUUGAUCUGGCAACUUUGGUAAUCACCCAGUCCAGCUUAAUACAUGUUUACGUUGCUGGACUACACGUGAAAAUUUCUUUACCCUUCAACAAAGACCUGAAGGAUUCUUGGAAUAAGUUCAAACCAAGAGUUUUGAGUAUGCCGAGAAAGAUUGUCAAAAUGUUGGCCCCUUUGUCGCCAGAUCAUUUUAGUGGAGAAAAAGCCGUAAACAACUCGGCUGGAAAUUUGCACUCAACCUAUUCUGUUCUAACACUUUUGAAUUCAGGGGAGGUUUAUGUGUUUACAUUCCCAAGGUACUCGUCCUCGAAAGACUCCUUCAAAGAAUCUGUCAAGUUCACGUUGAUAUGGAACCCUGCUAGAACAGAAAUGAGAGCUACGGAUGUUUCUGUAGGGGCAUUGGAAACUAACAAUACGACGGGAAUAGGUGCUGUAUUGUGCACCCAAAGCGGAGAAGCAUUCAAGCGUACCAAAACUAAAUGGGUCCGAAUCAAUGAUGUGUCAAAAAUCAAGAAUGUUGCUGUUGGAUACGGUUUUCCAAUUAUAGGAAGUUUUAGUACCGAUGAUAAUCAAUUCAAGACGAUAUUACUUCGUCAAGAGGACAAGAUGCUCAAACAUGAAAUUUUGCCUUCGAAAAUAAUUGUUGAUUUUGCAAAGUUGUCACCUUUACAAGGACAUCUAGGAUUCAAUGAAAGCGAUGUGCCUAAGCAAUCUGCAGGGUGUGAUGUCGAUUUCUUCUCGAGCUGUGAAUAUGGAGAUACGGAUACUUAUGGAGACUAUGACCACGAUUUUUCAGAUAAACAGAUUGAAGAUAUCAAGCUUGGAAUUAAAUUCGAGAAGCAUAUCAAUCCGCUGACCUAUAAGCACAGGAAAAUUUCACAUGUCCCUUUUCUAGACUCAAAAGCUUCUGUUGAUAUAAGUAUGGGGAUACAUGAUUUUAUUGAUGAAUCCAUGCCUCAUGUUGCGACUAAGUUUAGCAACUUCUAUGAUUACGAGGUUGCGGUGAAAAAUCCAGCGGGUGACACACAACUGAACCUGUUUGUGCACAAGAAAUUCUUGUUCAAUCGAUUGGGAUUCAAACAUUCAACUUACUCCCUUGAACGAAAAGAUCUAAAGUUUGACUUUGGUGAGUCUAGCGCCACAAUAAUUGGAGAUAUGGACGUUAGAAAUGUCGCUCUAUUUCUUCAUAUGCUUUAUACUGAUGUUGCAUAUGAUAUAUGGAAUAACAGCGACCAUGCAUCAGCAUCUUUGAAGACUGGAUGGGACAGAUUACUUUAUUCAUUCCCUACUGUAAAUCUGGUGAAGGCCAUUCGUGCGACAUUCACUGAUGAUAGUACUGGUGACAUUACUGUGAAAUUAUUAGAUGGAGAUGUUACCACAAACAGAUACUUAUUGUCAUGCCGAUGUGAUUAUUUCAAGCAAUUUUUCACUGAAUUCUGGUCUCAGUCGAACGUUCUCGACUUUUCUCAUGUAUCUAAAUACACCUGGAGCUUGGUAAUGAAAUACCUUCGUGGUGAUUCUAGUGAUGAGAUAUUUUACAAUACCAUAAAGGAACUUGCCACGUGCUGUUCGGAGAACAUAUCUCAGAGAUGCACAAACAAGAAAAAAUCCAAUAGACUUCUUCCUAAAGAAGAGGUGAAGGAAACUGGAUUGCAAUCAUCCGAUGAUUUUGUCAAUAUAGUGCUAGAGGUAUUGUAUUUCUCGAAUGAGUUAUUAUUACCUAACUUGCGAGAGCUCUGCGAACUCGCUAUUAAGGACUGCAUGAAUUUUGAUAAUUACGAUAUAUUUUUGCAACAUGCGUUUAUCUCGGGGUCCAAACAAUUGUUUGCAAACUGUGGUUGGUUUAUAUUUAGCAAUCUCACAUUGUGCUAUAAAGACCAACGUCUAAACGCAAACGUAAUUGGAGAGGACUGUGCAUGUGCCCUUGAAGCCAAGAUCCAUGAAUUAGUGGAGAUCUAUAUUCCAGACAGGAAGAAGCUCAAGCCUAAAAGUCCUUCACGCUCAAAACAGAGCUUGAGGAGGAAAAAACUUUCGAUUGUUAAUGAAAAUGAGUAUCACAAUACUGCUUCAUUUAUCCGAAACACCGAACAGUUCAAUGAAUAUUAUUUACAUCCAUACCUUUGGGAUGAGCAUGGUAUAUCAGAAGACCAGAUAAUACUGCGUACUCCAAUGAAUAGAAGAAAAUCUCAGACACCUAUUUUCAAAAAUCUCAGAUCUAGUUCAACUUUUUUGAGUUCUCCAGUAGAUGCAGCAGACUUUAAACAGGAGGGAAGCUUACCUCACAUUGCCACAGGUUUAGCCUCAAGAUCUUCGUCCAACGAGAGCGCCAUUUCUGAUGACUUCAACGAUUCGUCAGAGGGGUUUAUAGUGGUUCAAAAAACCCGAAGAAAGUCAUCGUCCAUACCAACACUGACCAACAGUGGUAGGUCCUAUUCAAGUUCUUUGACUAGACCUCCGUUUGAUGUUAAUACAAUGAGAAGGGAGAGUAGCGGAAACAUUCUUACCAGCAAAAGCGUAAAUGAACCUUGGAAAAUCCUAAAACCAGGGACGUCAAGUGCAGAUAAAUCAGGGAGUGCAGGCUCAGAUAUGGGUAUUAACAGCGUUGGAAGCUCAACAACCACUCUUGAUGAAAUCUUAACUAAAUCAAAGUCAAACACAAAGCUGGAUACGAGACCAAAGAGUAAGAUAACGGCACCAUUGCGUAUUUCACAAAAAGAACGCAAACUAAGGGAACGGGAAGAAUCUGAAAAAGCUGCCAAGGUUGAUGGGAACAAGGGUGAGAAAGACCCCAAGAGUGGUAAAGCUCCUUGGGCUAGUUCGAGCGUAUGGGGAAUGAAUGCACCAAGAGUUGUAGCAAGUAGUGACGACCCAGUCGCAGUUGAACUUCCUUCUGGCAUUGUCCAUGCAGAGCUGAAUACUGCUACUUUACUUGCAUCCAACAAAAUGAACACCGUUCAUUUCCCAUCAUUAGAAGAGUUGAGAAGUGUUAAAGUCAACGGAAAAGUAGCUAACGAUAGUGUCUUUCCUGUUAUCGGUUCCAAUUCGAGCACCACGCUUUUAAAUGAUCCUGGUCAUUAUGACGGGUUCAAUGGAGGUAUGUCCGCUUCUUCUUCUAUGAAUUCAUCGGCUGCUCUAAAUAUUGCAAAAACAAAGUCCUUAGAAGAAAUAAGAGAGGAAGAAGAAUUUGCCAAAUGGUGGAAGGAAGAAAGCGAAAGAGUCCAAAGAGCACUCAAGCACCCCGAAGACACCAAUACAAGGAUUGGAGGUGGGCGCAGAGAUUCGAACAGCAACAAUAAUGGUAACAGUUCCCGAGGAAACCGAGGAAACCGAGGCAAUAGAGGAGGCAGAGGAAGAGGUGGAGUUAAGAACGGAGGACGAGGCGGAAGAGGGAAGUCCAAAGUUGGGAAUAGAUAUGAUGAUGUUCAAGUUCAGAUAUAAUCAUAUUUAUGGGUGUGUAUAUAUAUAAAGAGAGACAUUCGUAAGAGGUG